AUAAGGCAGACCGUGACCUCCUAUCGACGGCGAGGCAGAAUGAAAGGAUAGUCAACACAAAGUCAGCCUGCGCAAAGUCAACGUGGAAACAUCUCUCCAUCAUACUCCUUGGAGAGCCAGUUUCGCCCCUAUAGAUUAUAUUAUACUCAAAUCUGAGGUAUUAUAAUAUACCGAUAACUCUAUCCAUGAAUAUUAGCAUUCGUUAAUUAAAAAUAAAACUAGCAUCAUGCCUCUUAAGCCAGCCUCCUCACCUCAGGCGCGUCAGGCUAUUAGUACCGCAUUCACAGAACUGGAACAAACGAUCACUCCUGAAGACAGUCGCGAUUUCAAUGUUACGACCAUCGAGAAAGUAAGAGAUGAAGCAAAGGUUAUAGAGGACCAAAUUGCGAGUCGUAAGUGGCUUCGGAAUAUGCGGCGUCUGAUGCCGUUGUUCCAGGGGUUAGAGCACUACGCAAAAUCAAUGGAGGUGCUUUGCAACGGAACUCCCUUUCUACCUUGGGCAUGGGCCCCCAUCACACUAAUUCUUCGCAUUAGUUCUGAACACGUUGAGGCAUUUGAGCGGGUUGUGAAAGGUUACGCGAAGAUUGGUGACUGCCUGGAUCGCUUCAAGACGCUCGGCCUUGCGUUGGGUAAGAAUUUAGAAUUCCAACAAACUUUGGCUGCGUUCUAUGUGGACAUUCUUAAGUUCCAUAAGCAAGCUUACAAAUUCGUUCGCCGAAGAAACUGGAAGUUGUUCUUCGUUACGUCCUGGGGUCGAUUCGAACGAACAUUUGGAAAUAUCAUCGAAGAUCUUGAAUACCAUGGUAAACUUGUGGACUUGCAAGCAAAUGCUCAGCAUGUACUCGAGGCUCGCAAUAUGCGCGAAGAAAUCAAAACAUGGCGGGAAGAAAGUCUUGUGCGUACAAAGCAAUUGGACGACAAACAAACCGCAAAAGAAGCUGAGGCAAUCAUAUCUUGGCUCAAGGCGGAUGAAGGAGAUCAAGUCGACCUUCUUGAUGCCUUGUCUACAGAAGCUGUUAAGUUUGCUGGGACUUGUUCAUGGGUACUGAAAAACGAAAAGAUCAAAACUUGGCUAAAGGAGACAAUGGAAUUCCCUAGUUUAUCACUGCAAGGGAAUCCUGGAUCUGGAAAAAGUGUUUUGGUCACGCAGAUUACCACCUUCAUGAAGGCUUCAAACAUGUUCACCGUCCAUCACUUUUGCAGUCAAAGAUACCCUGCUUCAACAACUUAUGACCAGAUUCUCCGGUCCAUCAUCCUACAACUACUUCGCCAAGACACUGAGCUCGUGCCACAUGUUUACAAAGACUACGUGAUUGGCAGGAAGCCCCCAACAGCCCAGGCAUUGGAACGGUUAGUGCAUACAUUGGUCACAAACUCGUCACAGGAGCCUCGCAAAACUGAAUACAUUUGGAUUAUUAUCGACGGGUUGAACGAAUGCGACAAUCAAACACAAUCUAGUGUUUUGAACCUGGCUACUCAGCUUACAAGCAAGAAUACGUCCACUGAGGGCACAGUUUGCAAAAUUCUCAUCUCUAGCCGUGCUUCACCAAUAAUCUCAAAGAGACUGCGAGCAAAGACUACUAUUUCUUUAACUGAAGAAAGGAAGAGUAUCAAGGAUGCUAUCAGACAAUACGUAACCCAGCGUCUAGAGUCUCUCCGCGAAAAGCUUCGACAGUUGAGCCUUGGGCAAAAGGAGAUCGCGGAGAUUGAAAUCAUUAUUACCAACAAAGCAGAUGGCAUGUUUCUAUAUGCACGUUUAGUGCUCGACUACCUCUCGAGCAACAUCUUUUACAGCGGGGAGGAGAUGAAGGCAUCUAUCAGUGAACUCCCAAACAGACUGUCGGAAUUCUACCAGAAGAUUUUGAUUCAAACAUUGGUUCAGCUAAACCCGCAGUCUGUGGAGCGCAUCCGAUGUAUAUUUGCAUGGAUUGCAUUUGCCAAACGGCCAUUGAAGAAAAUGGAAUUUCUAUCUGCGCUGACUUUCAGCGACGGAAAUGCUAAUGCGACAAAUCUCGUGCCAAGAUAUGUUUUGGAUAUCUGUGGUGUUCUAGUCGAAGAGCAGCCUGACACGACACUGGCCUUUAUUCAUAUAUCUGUGAAGGAGUUUCUCAUGUCACCUGAUAGCAAUCUUGUCAUUGCCAAAGAGCAAGCAGACGUUGAACAUGCUAGAGCAACGUUGGCUUGCCUCCAGUCUGGUGUCAACGUCUUUCUGAAGCCUGGGCCUGAGCAUGACAAGAUUAUUCGAGUUGUGAAAGGCUUCCAUGGCUUCCACGUAUAUGCCACGGAAUUCUGGACCGAAUACAUAUUGCAACUAGUAUCUAUUGAUACUCUGAACGCGCAGCCGGCUAUUCUCGCGCUUGCUUCUAGUCUUGCUAUUAGUCUUCAAGACGUGUCAGGCCAGUCCGAUGCAACACCUCCUAUCACUGCGUCAGAUUUACUUGACGAGAGACUAGCUAAACUGGAUGAGUACCCGCUUCUCCAAUUACUGAUUCAAGAGGCUCUAAAAUCGAGGUCUUUGAAACAAUUGGAGACCAAUAUUCGUCAGGAGGCUGGUCACACGUCCGAAACAGCACGCCCAACGAGCAGCAAAGGCACAAAGGAUGGCAACGAUGACGCUACGGAGACAGGUGUAACUAGUGAACAACAACCAGCUAAGGAUCCUAUGUCUAAGAUGUUGGCUGUUUAUCAAAAGACAGUCAGGUUUCUUCUUGAUCAGACCACAUACUCUGGAGUAUCAGCCGACGACCUUUCGCUAUUUAAGCGCCAGUUUCAAAAUUCAGCUUUCACGUGUCGCUUGAAGUUUUGUCCUCGUGCAACAACGGGAUUUUCGACUGAAGAACAAUGCCGAUUACAUGAGAUUGCGCAUACACGUCUCGUAACAUGCACAUAUCCCGAAUGCCACUACCCUCCUUUCACCUCUUUACAAACUCUCAGAAGGCACGUUAAAAAGCAUCAUCUCAUUCAGUCAAUCCUUAGACCAAUACGACAAAACAGAAAUGGUGCAACACAACGAUCAACCUCGGAUGUUGAACGCAACACAGAAGGGCAUAAACACUCAGUUCCGCCAAUGUUGGCGGAGGAGGACACCCUUUGCAACUCUAACGAUGCAGACGAUUACUGGCGAGAUCUAUUUAAGCACCCGUCGGAAGUGGAAAAUGAAUUUCCAAUGCCCUCCCUCGAAGGAAUAUGGCCCAGCGCUACAGACAUGUGGGGAGUAGAUGAUGCAGUUUCAAGUUUCUUCCGUGACGAAAUGUUGCACAGUAUCACAGACCCGAUAAACAGCUGUCCGACUAGUCCAACUUUGGACCAGUUGCCUAUUGUUCCCGGAUUACAGAUUGACGAUAUGGGUUUCUUCAGGUGUUCCGUUUAUAACUGCGGGGCUAAAGUUUGCGACGGCGUGUCGGAAGGCAUGUAUCCAGAAGCGUUCUACCAUUACUGGCAUUGGCAUCAUGCUGAUGGUAUAUCUCGUUGCGCAGAACCCUGGUGUCAGCGAACCUUCAGUACUAGAGAGGCGCUACAGAAUCACUAUAUAAAUAAGCACUGCACACUCAUGUGCAAAAAGUGCGAUCCUUGUCACGCUGAAGAAUUUACCAUGCUGGAAGAGCUUCAUCAACACUGGAGAUCAGAGCACCUAAAGCUGGUCCGACGAUGGGUAUGCCGGUUAGACCUGGACGCCAAGGUGCAAAGCAUGAUGAUUUUGUUGCCGAGUGAUUGUCAUGUUUGUUCCAAUCGAUUAUUAUACUCGACCGAAGGCAGCGCAAUUGAUCAUAUGAAGGGGGACCACCGUGUCAGUUUCGAGGCCUUCUCAAACGACGUACAGACAUUUAUCAAAGAGAUAGCUGCGUAUGUGGAAGCUAGUACCAUUGACCACGACAACGCAAUGGUAGAUUCUGAUCACUCGGACACGGAAGACAACAAAAUUCACCCAGGCGAUAUGUUCUACGUCAAAGACCUAGCAAGCUAG